AUGGCUGAGGAUCCUCAGCCCAUGACUCUGCAGCAACGCAUCGCCGCUCUCAACGCUGCCCACAUUGGUCGUGUUCCCGGCGAACCGCCUCGUCCUGCUCCCGUCACUGCACCGCGACCAACGCCGCAAGUUCCCACGAGACGACCUGAUCUUCACAAGGCCAAGUCAUUCAAUAAUCCCCCCGAGAAUGUGCAGGGGUCGGUCACAAACGUACGCGUGGGGAACAAGCCUGCUCCGCCACCUCUACCCAAUCGACGACCACCCCCUCCACUUCCUGCACGUAAGAGCUCCAACGAAAUUGCUCGGAGGGACUCGGUAGAGUCGGUCGCUUCGUCAGUGGUCACAACGAGCAGUGCUGGUACCAGAUCUUCGGCUGCUACUCGUGCAAACUCCCAUGAGCGAGUCAAAGCCCCAGCAUGGGGCGAGACUGAACUUCCCACUCUCCCACCCAAGAACCCUGCACCACUUAAGCGCACUUAUACCAACGAACGCCCUAAAUAUGUCAACCGCGCACCUUCGAGUACGCCCAGUGUCACGCCAGCCAGUUCGGCAGAAGCACGGCGACCCUCUCAGCCGGCACUACCUCCAAGACUGCCGCCUCGGAAAUCAGAUGUUGGCCAGCAACAGAGAGUACCUGAAGCUGAGCUCCGGAAGAUACCACCCAUACCCUCCCCUGCGGCAAUCGAAAAGGCCCAAAAAUCCGCAUUAUCAUGGGGUAUGAACAAGCCAAAGCCUGCACAACAGACGGAACAAUCGAUGGAGCCAACUCCUGUUCCUGUACACACACAGCCUGAUUUUCAGCAUUCUGAAACUCUCAACCGCUUCAAGAACUCUGCGACGUCUUUCAUGGCAAAAGCUAUGAACAAACCUGAUCCGGUCACCGAGCAAUCCUCCCAUGCACAGCCGACGCCAGCACAGUUCUCGCCGUCUAUCUCAGGCUACGCCAACGGCGUAUCCACGCCUCCUCCCGUGCCAAAGUCAUCGCGACCAGAUCUAAGUGCAAUCCAAGCGACCAAACCGAAGUUCUCAACAGGUAUAUCGCCGACAUCACCAGCAAGUCUUACAUCCACCAGUGUAUGUCUUGUCUGUCGAGACUUCUCUGGACCAGACAGUCAUGCUGCGCGGUUCCCAAGACAGCAAGUCCAUGACCUCCAAACGCUGGCGUAUGACCUUACCUCACCCUUCCCGUCUGCCACGGACAAAGCAAGAGCCAUCUUCACUUGGCUCCAUCAUAAUAUCGCCUAUGAUGUCGAGCGCUUCUUCGCCGGCAAUCUUCGCAGCUCUACCCCACAGUCAACACUCCAAAGUGGGCUGGCCGUGUGCGAAGGUUACGCCAGCCUCUUCACCACCCUCGCCACCUAUGCGGGAUUGGAAUCUAUUGUUAUUUCGGGACACGGUAAAGGCUAUGGCUACACUCCCCUAGCCCCCGGGUCCCCGCUUCCACCUUACAACGCCGGCCAUGCAUGGAACGCGGUGCGGAUUGAUGGUGGUGAGUGGAAACUUAUUGACCCGUGUUGGGGUUCUGGGCACGUGCAAGGUGCUGGUCAGCCAUAUGUUGCGAAGUUCACCCCUGAGUACUUUUCCAUGACCAACAAGGAGUUUGGCAUCAAGCAUUUCCCAGGCAAUCGGGAGCACUUCUUCUUACCAAGCGGGCAGCAAAUGAGUUGGGAGGAAUACAUUCAGAUCAACCCUGCGAAUUGGCCUGACAUGGUUGAAGCACCGACAAUCUUCACAAACGCGAAAGAAGACUACUAUAUUGGCGAGAAAGCGGUGCUUCCCAGGAAUCGCAAAAUCAGCGUUCAAACAGCCGGUACCGUGCGAUUCCAACUCAGCCUCAUCUGUCCCCACUGGACGCUCGAUCAGCACGGCAACAAAGGACCAGCACCUGUUUUCUUCGUCAUGGUGGGUGGCGUUGAUGGCCGAAACAAGGACUCGGUGCCCCUAGAAUAUCUGCAAGCGCCCAGCGGCCAGGGAGGUGACACGUGGUACGUCGACAUCGAUUCACGAGAGCUAGGAGCGCCAGGACAGACUUUGACGUUGUUUGCGGUCUCCAAGUUCGACAAGAGCGAAAAUGUGCGGGGUCUCACGGUUCGACAGUUCCUGGAUGGUAAGGGUCGGGUUGCUAUGGGAUUUACUGGCGUUGCGGCGUGGGAUCUGGUUGCUUGA